AUGGCGGACUACAUGGCACGUCCUCUCGGGCCGUAUCCAUUCUGCAUUCCGAAGGGCGUGAAGAAACCUACGGCCGCAUACCGCGCGACUCUGCGCCUGGAGACUGUGUCGAAGCUAAAGAACGAGUCAUCGUCAAAAGCAGAUGAGGCCACGCCAAAAGCAGGUGGGGCCCCAAGGAAGCCGGCACCGAAGCCAGAGCCGGAGCCAGAGGAGGACCCAUCGAAGGUGAUCGACAUGUCGGACUUGGACGACAUGGACGACAUGGACGACAUGGACGACAUGGACGACGGGCCUCCGCGUAUGGACCCCCGACUCAUGAACGCCAUCGCGUGGAAACUGGGCGAAGCCUACGACAGCUCCGCGGCCGCAGCCAACAACGCAGACGCGUCUCAUGUCGACAACGCAGACGCGUCCCAUGUCGACAACGCAGACACGUCCCAUGUCGACAAGAAGCGGCGCCUGAGCGCCCCGGCCACACCGCAGAGCACGCCACCCGCUUCUCCCGCGCCCGCGCCCGGACCCGUUCGGAUGUCGUCGCGCACCGCGAGUGCCUCGCGGCCGUCCGCCCCUUCUGCUUCGCCACGCCGUUUAAGGCGGGGCCGAGGUGGCCUGGGGCGCACGCAGACUUCCAGCACCAUCGCGUAA